CUGCGGUAGAGGCGACCGCGGCGGAGACGAGGAAAGCACGCUGUGAGGAGUGGGACUACCGGCAUGGACGUUUCGGGUCAAGAGACCGACUGGCGUAGCGCCGCCUUCCGGCAGAAGCUAGUCAGUCAAAUUGAGGAUGCCAUGAGGAAAGCUGGUGUGGCCCACAGUAAAUCCAGCAAGGAUAUGGAGAGCCAUGUGUUCCUGAAGGCCAAGACUCGGGACGAAUACCUUUCCCUGGUGGCCCGGCUCAUUAUCCAUUUUCGGGACAUUCCCCAGCUCCAGCUCCAGCAGGUGGCGCUGCAGCAGCAACAGCAGCAGCAGCAGCAGCAGUUCCAACAGCAGCAGGCUGCACUACAGCAGCAGCAGCAACAACAGCAGCAACAGUUCCAGGCACAGCAAAGUGCUAUGCAGCAACAGUUCCAAGCAGUAGUGCAGCAGCAGCAGCAGCAGCUUCAACAGCAGCAACAGCAGCAGCAACACUUGAUUAAGUUGCAUCAUCAAAAUCAGCAACAGAUACAGCAGCAGCAGCAGCAGUUGCAGAGAAUGGCACAGCUGCAGCAGCAGCAGCAGCAACAGCAGCAGGUGAUGCAGGCCCAGCCUCCAAUACAACAGCCUCCAAUGCAACAGCUGCAGCCUCCUCCUUCCCAAGCCCUCCCACAGCAGCUGCCGCAGUUGCAUCACCCACAGCACCACCAGCCUCCGCCACAGACGCAGCAGCCCCAAGUUGCUCAGAACCAACCACCACAACUCCCGCCACAGUCACAAAGCCAGCCUUUGGUUUCACAGGCUCAAGCUCUCCCUGGACAGAUGUUGUACACUGCUCAGCAGCAGCUGAAAUUUGUCCGAGCUCCGAUGGUGGUUCAGCAGCCGCAGGUGCAGCCCCAGGUGCAACAGGUACAGCCUCAGGUGCAGCAGCCGACAGCAGUGCAGACAGCUCAGGCUGCCCAGAUGGUGGCUCCCGGAGUCCAGGUCAGCCAGAGUGGCCUCACCAUGCUGUCCUCGCCGUCGCCAGGCCAGCAGGUACAGACCCCACAGUCAAUGCCUCCUCCUCCCCAGCCGUCCCCACAGCCUGGCUCGCAGCCCAACUCCAACGUCAGCUCUGGCCCUGCCCAGUCUCCCAGCAGCUUCCUGCCUAGCCCCUCCCCACAGCCUUCACAGAGCCCAGUGACAGCCCGUACCCCGCAAAACUUCAGUGUCCCCUCGCCUGGACCUUUAAAUACCCCUGUGAACCCCAGCUCUGUCAUGAGCCCUGCAGGCUCCAGCCAGGCUGAGGAGCAACAGUACCUGGACAAGCUGAAGCAGCUGUCCAAAUACAUUGAGCCCUUACGCCGCAUGAUCAACAAGAUCGACAAGAACGAAGACAGAAAAAAAGACCUGAGUAAGAUGAAGAGCCUUCUGGACAUUCUGACCGACCCCUCUAAGCGGUGUCCCCUAAAAACCCUGCAGAAGUGUGAGAUUGCCCUGGAAAAACUCAAGAAUGAUAUGGCAGUGCCCACCCCCCCACCCCCACCAGUGCUACCAACCAAGCAACAGGACCUGUGCCAGCCACUCCUGGAUGCUGUCCUGGCCAACAUCCGCUCGCCUGUCUUCAACCAUUCUCUGUACCGCACAUUUGUGCCUGCCAUGACAGCCAUCCACGGCCCACCCAUCACGGCUCCCAUGGUAUGCUCCCGGAAGCGAAAGCUUGAGGAGGAUGAGCGCCAGAGCAUCCCCAACGUGCUCCAGGGGGAGGUGGCCCGGUUAGACCCCAAAUUCCUGGUGAACCUGGACCCUUCCCACUGCAGUAACAACGGCACUGUCCAUCUGAUCUGCAGGCUGGAUGACAAGGACCUCCCGACUGUGCCACCGCUGGAGCUCAGUGUGCCCGCUGACUACCCUGCCCAGAGCCCCUUGUGGAUCGACCGGCAGUGGCAGUACGAUGCCAACCCCUUUCUGCAAUCAGUGCACCAGUGCAUGACCUCCAGACUGCUGCAGCUGCCCGACAAGCACUCAGUCACCGCCCUGCUCAACACCUGGGCACAGAGCAUCCACCAGGCCUGCCUCUCAGCUGCCUAGCCAGGAACUGUGAGGACCGCCUGCAGCCUUGUUGGGCUGCAGGCCCACACCGCCUCUUGAACAUUUCUAGGUGUUGGCUUCCUUAGAGCCUGGGGUUAAGUUAGCUUUCCUGCUUUUAUCUCCUGCCUUGGGGACCUACCAGACGUUUCCCCAUACUUGUGCAGCACAGGGCCAGGUGACUGGAGCUGGCUACCCAGGGAGUGAGGGUCCUCCUAGAGAAAGUUCUCCCUGUGUUCUCUCCAGGUUCUGUCUACUCAGCAGCAUGGGGGAGAGCUCAGGGUCUCGUCCAAGCAUCAUGUGCUAGAAUACAUUGUACUCGUUUUUUAUAGGCGACUGUGGAAGACACAAGAAAAUCCUAGGCCAACUUUGCUCAGUAUUGGGUUCGUACUGUGCCACUUGUGGCAUGUGGACCACAUACAGCGACACUCCUAGAUAGAGGACAUGGGGUCCUGUCUGGAG